AGAGGUCUUCAACUGAGCGCCAACUAGAACACCAUCUCCCAGAAUGCUUUGUGUUGUCCUACGCCUGCGUCAGAAGUGCGACGAACAUCUUUAACAAAACAAGACAAACACGGGUGUUUUAGCGUAAUUCAACAAUGGAGUCGGAACCGGCAAAAGAAGAUUGUGCUGCAGACCAGCCAGCACCCACUCCUCCUCCCUCCCAGUCGAAGAAGCCAAGUCAGGUUACGAACGUCCCCAAGCAACGACCUCAGGGCUCCAAAGAAAAAGCUCAGGCUCAGGGAGAUGUAAAACCAAGACCCAGGCCUCGCUACACAGACAAGGCAAGGAAGAAUGCCAAGAACAAGAAGGACAAGGCUGGAGCAGCUGAUAAGGAAGCACCUGUUGAAGAAGAGGUGCAGAAUGGCGAUCCUGAAGUGAAGGAAGAGCGCUUGCAGGAUGCAGAUGUACAGGUCAAUGGGCAGCCUGACUCAACCAAUGAAGAGCCUGAUGCUACCCCUUGGCUGGAAGCAGCCUCUGAGGAAGGGGAGGAGGAGAGUUGGGACACCUUGUUCAAUGAUGAUGGAGAUUCUCUGGAACCGCACCUUGAAGAGCUGACUUUGAAGCAAGGUAGGAAGAAAAAGUCAGUCCCGGCGGCCAGGUUUGAUUACCACAACGUGGACGGAGAUGACGACGACGACGUUGAGCUCACAGAGGAUGAACUUGCUCACAUUGUCGAGAUCUAUGACUUCCCUGCUGAAUUUAAGACCGAGGACCUUCUGAAGUUAUUUCAGUGCUACCAACAGAGAGGAUUUGAGAUCAAGUGGAUCGAUGACGAACACGUCCUGGGCCUCUUCUCAAGCCCCAUAGCAGCUCGUGAAGCUUUAAGAACCAAACAUCCUCUCAUGAAGUUGCGAGCUCUCUCCCAAUCCUCUUCCGACAUGAAGGCCAAAGCUCGUAGCUGCUCAGACUACCUCCUGCCUGCUAAAGAGAGACCUCAGACCAGUGCAAUGCUGGCUCGCAAGCUUGUGAUUGGUGCCCUCGGUGUGAAGAGCAACCAGACGAAGGAGCAGGUCGAGGCAGAGAGGAAGAAGCUCCAGGAGGCGAGAGAACAAAAGCGCCUGGCAGCCAAACAGAAGGAAGACGCUUGGGAGGGGAAGUGAUUGGACAGAAACAACUGUUUUAUUUUUGUUUGUUUCUUAGAUUUCUUGAUUCGGCGGAGGCUUACGUCCUCUCUGUUUCUUCUCUUGCUCUGUUUUUGUCAACUGGCCACUCCUUCCUACUGCCACAUUUCCCAGAAAUUGAUUCCACCCAUUUUGUCCUUCUUUUGGCCACAGUCCUUCACCAACUGUUACUGAAGGUCCCAUCAUUCACUCUCUGUUCGCCUGCAUCAGAUUAAGGGUCCAGUUAUUGUUCUCUCAUUUUUAUGUAUAUGCUUUGUCCAUGCAGGGACCGUUGCAUCUGUACCAUGGCCGAGGCUAAAACAAUCCACUCGCCUGUGUUUUCUUUCAUAUUUUUUUAACAUUGUAACUACAACAAUCAAGGUCUUCUGUUGAUAUUCAUGACCAUACAGUAUAUCACUAUACUCUAUAUGAAGACAUUAUUGGGAUUAGACUUUGUUUGAGGACCUCUUAGCUUGUAUUAUUAAAACAUUUCUGAUAACUCAAAAGCCCUCCAAAAAGCUACUGCUGUUGGUCUCCUCCAGUUUCGGGGCUAUCCUAAAGACAUACUUAUUUUGUAUUGUGUUCUCAUCUGUAACCAUUUUCAAUGAGCAGAGUCUUACAGACGGAUACAUACAGGAAAUUUGACCUCUGCAUUUAACCCAUCCUAAACAUUUAGGAGCAGCACUGUCGUGUAAAGUGUUCGUCCAGUAAUUGAGGCAACACGUUUGGAGGUUUAGAGAAAUUGAUGUUUACAAUUUCAAGACAUUGUGGAUAACACACUUUAUUUGGUCCUAGUAUAUUUAGAAACUACUUCCUGAACAAUUAGUGUUGUGUCUUAAUGUGCACAGUGACAGAACAAGUCAAUAAUCAUGAAUUAAACUAUUGAGCAGAUAUUGUAUUUUAGCUGCAUUGAUUUUAUUUUGUUUCGCUGAAUCAUAUCCAUGAAAUAAGUUGAGUAAUAAGUUACUCAACUUAUUUCAUGAGUAUUUUUUGGUGAUAUGUUUCUGCUCCAUGCAGUUGAAGUAUUAUGUGAUCUAAUGGUUGAGAACAUUCUCUAAAGCGUUGGGUUCAUCACAACUCUUUCCAUCUGCUUUAGAUUCAAAGAGUUGUUGUCAACCACAACAUGCUGUUUUUCUUUGUUCUUUGACAAUUGAGAGUUUGACCUUUCACUAUAGAGAGAGAGAGACAAUGUUCAGAGUCAACUUUUUAUAAUUCAGCUUCCUGAAACGCAUCCCGGCUCAGCGGAGCCUCAGUGACAGCUGCCUACCAGCUUCACCCAGCCGACCACGUGACCCUGAGUCUCCUUCGCCUCCUCAGCCAAUCACCAAGUCGCAUUCUCCUGCUGCUCAUGUGGCUUGCUGCAAAUUAUUUAAACUUCUACACCAUCUUCAAAAUAUAGUGGACGUUCUAACAUAGUUAUAUACAAGUUUGCUGGGUAAAUAAAUGUUUGCAGACAUUUAUUGGGAGUAUUUAUGUGAAAUUCUACUCAACAAGUGCUGUAUAUGUUGUCCACCAAUACUGUAUGUGUCCACUAGUACUGUAUGUGUCCACUAGUACUGUAUGUGUCCACCAGUACUGUAUGUGUCCACUAGUACUGUAUGUGUCCACUAGUACUGUAUGUGUCCACCAGUACUGUAUGUGUCCCAGUGCAGUUCAUGACUGCUGGAAGGAGUUCAGAUCAUUAGCUGAGGGCGACUGAGACACAGAGCCAUGUGGCUCCCAGUGAUUGUGAAGAGCUGCAGCCUCAGAGGAGGUAGCAUUACAAAUUCAAUUUAUUCAUAUCUUUUUGACUCCGUAUUUGACAAUUAGCAUGGCAAAAUAACAUUUGCGCUAUUCAAAUACAUUCUGCAUGUGUUAAUGUCUUUCCAAAGUUCCCUUGUUUCCAAAGAUGUCAGAAGCAUCAUGAAUGAUGGAUUAUUGAUGACACUUUUUUCAGAAUGUGUUUUGGGUUGGACAUAAAGCAAGGAGUAUAAUUUAGUGAGUAGUUAUUAAAAACAACUGAUAGCAUUGUGUCUGGUAGGUUUUCUUUAUGCAUGCUGUUGUGUAAUAAUGUGUCAACUUUUUCAUGAAGUCAACAUAAUGUGAUAUAAAGGUAAAUAUGCAAAGAAGA